AUGAGCGGUGCCUCGCCAGCGCCAGCACCGCCCUCUGGGAACGGUUGCCACGCCACGGAUGCAUUCCUGACUCUCCGACAACACGCCCAUGGAGGCUCAGUCGGCUUCACGGGCUUUCCCAUGGUCGGCAUCCUACCGCCUGCGCCGCCUGCGGAAGCCGCGCUGCUCCACAACCGGCUUGUUGCCAUGGCGCAGAACGAUAUGCGCGCCCAGAUGCGUCACAUGCUCGAUAGCCACGCACGCCUUAAGCUGGCAGCACUUCUCACCACGCAGCAGCUUAGCGCGCCCAGCAGCCUCGGUGCCGCGAUGCUGGCCGCAGUUGACCGCACUCCCCCCCAAGCCUCCUGGGUUUCAGAUCCAUUCGGGAGCCUUCGGGAGCCUUUGGGAGGAUCCAUGAACUGCCAAGGGUCACAGACCGGCGCCGAAUCCCUGCCCAUACCGCCGCUGCCGCCGCUGCUACCCCCCCGGCCAGCGACCUGCGCACUCCAGCCUUCGCAACCCAGCUGCGGCCGAGUCGAAGCCAGCGAUGAACCGCCAGCUUCGACCGCGUUACCUUCCAGCUUGCAGCCCAUUGCCGCCGUGAAUCUGGCCGUCGAGGCGCCAUCGCGGCCUGCUCCACAGCUCCACCCACUGGCGGGCACGGUGCCGCUGGCAAACCUGGCACUGGAGGCAGAGCAACUUCGUCACCUGGUAGCGGAGCGGCGGCAGCGCAAGGAGCAGGUCGCGGCGCGGCUGGCGGUGGCCAGGGCGGAAGCGGAGGCUGCGGAGCGGACGGCCGCAGCUGCGGAGCAGGCGGCCGCAGCGGCGAGACGGGAGCGCGACAUGGCAGCAGCGGCGGCAGCAGCGGCAGCGGCCGCGGCCGCGGAGCGGACAGCCGCCGAACAGGCAGCGGCAGCGGCCGCAGCCGCAGCCGCACCAAUUCAAGAUGUCGCUUCGCAACCCCAGCAGCAGCAGCAGCGGCCGCAGCAGCGACCGCAGCAGCAGCAGCAGCGGAUUCGGCCCGUGCAUCUGGCCCGAUUAGAGGCCUUGAUGCUGCGGGCUCGAACGCUGAUUGGGGAGUUGCUGAAUGCCGCGGUGCCGCUGGGGCUGAUGGAGCAACCGGAGGUGGGGGAGCUCCUCAGCGGAUUGCGUAAGCUAGUGGAUAUAAGGCAGGAAGAUAAUUUGCAGGAGGUUGCUGCAACAGCAGCUACUGCUGGUGGUGCUGCUGCUCAUGGAGCAGUCCGCGCUGCAGCCACGGCCGUCGAGGCUGAGGGGGGAGGUGUGCAGCUGGCGGCGCAAGGGGGCGCUGGAGGCAGCGACGGCGCAGUCCGCGGCGGUGGCGGCGGUGGCGCGUGGGCAGAUGGCUUGCGGGGAGCAGCAGGAAGUGGGGAGGGGGAGGGUCAGGGGCUGGCGGCGCCGCCGUCGCCGCUGCUGCGGCAGCAUCAGCAUCAGCACCACCAACAACGUCAACUGGAUGAUGGUACAGAUGGCAUACGGGGGCCCGGCAUCCUGUCGGAGCUUGCGACAGUGCAGCUUAGCGGCGCUGCCACUGCCACACCCGCUGCGGCUGCUACACAGGCCGUGACUAAUGAUCUGGUUGCUGGCCUGGGUGGCGGCGGCGGUGAGUGCAUGUCCAUGGGGCGACCUGGCAUGGACGCGAGUGGCGAGGCGGGCGGGGGGGGGCAUAGGAGUACCGAAGGCGCAAUACACGGCCCCCUUGGCUCUGUUAGUCCUGCCGGCAGCGACGGCAGUGGUGGCGGGGCCGGCGGUCAGGGUGAUGAUGACGUCAGCGGCGGCGGCAGCGGCGGCGCUGUCGUACGGCUGGCCCAGGAGCGUCGUCUGGCUCAGUGGCGGGAGCUCCAGCGGCAGAAGUCCUUCGGCUGGCCAGGCUCGUACACAGGAGUCGCCGGCGAGGCGGCGGGAGCCGCAGCCCAGCCCUCAACUUCCUCACCCACGUCCGAACGAGCCGGGGAAGCCGCCGCUCCGCGUGCAGAGAGGAAUACCACGCUCCCCGCCGUGGGCCCAGGCGCCGAGGCUGCGGCGGCGUCGGCGGCGGCGCUUCCAGCGGCGGCGGCAAGCGCACAGUCGCCGUCAUCAGCGCUCGUAGUAACAGCUCAUCACGCGGCGACGGAGGUGGCGGGCUCAACGGCUAACAACGCGGCGCAGUCGCUGCCGCCGGCGCCGGCGGCAGUCCAGACGUCCCCGCCUCAGCUCUCACUGCCUCAGGCCAGGAGGCACAAGUGGGGAGCGCCCGCAUGCGUACCCUGUCCCUCAGCCUCAGCAGCAGCAGCACUCCCAGGGGCAGCAGCCCCAGGUUCAAGGGAUCGAGACCGGGACCUCCGUGAGAAGCAGCAACGGGAGAAGGAACGUGAACGGGAGAGGGAGAAGGAGAGAGCGCGUGAACGGGAGCGAGAACGAGAACGGGAACGUGAACGGGAGCGAGAACGGGAGUGGGAGUGGGAGAGGCAGCGGUUGCGGGAACGAGAACGAGAACGGGAACGGGAGAGGCAGCGGGAACGGGAACGAGAGCGGGAACGAGAUCGAGAUCGCGCCAGACCUUCGAAUCGUGACAGGGAGCUCGGGGAUUACCAUCGGGGGGCCCGAGAAAGGGACCGGGAGCUCGGGAGCCGAAACGCCUACAGGAACGACCCACGGGACAUGGUCCGCAAGGGCAGCGGCGAGGAGGGUCGUGCAGGCAGCGCCGAACGCCCGAAUCGGCAGGGUGGCGCUGGCGGCACUGGCGGCACCGGCACCGGGCGCAGCGGGGAUGGUGGCCGAUCUGGGCCUCUCACACCGCGGCCAGAGCUGGAGAACAAGACACGGAACACCGGACCACCUGACCAGGAACGGCAGCAGCAGCACCACCAGCACCAGCCAGGAGGACCGGAGCCGACGAAGAAGAGUGAUGCCAGCAACGCGAGGCAGUGGGCGAGUAGAGGCAGUACGGCAAGCCAAGGCGACGAGCUGGCAUCGGGUGCCGCUGCUGUGAAGGGAGGAGAGGCCGCGGGAGCAGCAGCAGCGGCAGCGGCACGGGCGCCUCCUCCGCUGACCCAUGGGCCUUGCGAGGGAUCCGUCAGCGAGCUGGAGUCUGGGGAGGUCCAGGCGGGAAGCGCAUCGUCAUCAUCAUUAUCACUAUCAUUAUCAUCAUCAUCGCAGUCGGACAUGGAGGUGGAUAUGGAGGUGGACGCAACACCUCCGGAGCGCCUUGCGGCCGCCGCUGCCGCCGCCGGCGGGGCAUCGCCCCCCACUGCUGCGGCGCCGGCGGGGGCCUUAUUUGCGGUCAGAUUAGUUGGAGGUGCCGUCACCGCCUCCUCUUCCGCCGCCGCCGCCGCUGCUGCCGCCGCCGCCGCGGCGGCUUCUGCCAGCAUCAGCACAGCCGCCUCUCCCGAAUUACCAACCGGCCCCGGCGCAACAAUUGCAGCAGCAGCAGCACCACCACCACCACCAUCAGCUGGGCCUGGAGGGACCUUCCAGAGCUUUCACUCCAAGGGGGGAGGGGGACCCUGGGCCGCAUUUUUGUCUUGGCAGCCCGGAAUGGCGGCAGCUGGUCGAUACUGGGACAGCGGAGGCGGCCGCAACGACGACGACGACGACGUGUCAGAACGGCCGGGGCAGCGGUGUCAAGGCCUCAUCCCCGUAGAAAUGCGGAGCCAGAUACAGGCGGCCCCGAAUCAGGCUCAGACUCAGGCGCUCAGCCAGCCCCAAACUCAAACUGAAAUCCGAAACCAUGGCCAGGCACAGCCCCAGGCCCCAUCCGCCCGAGGGCCGGAGCGGGACUGUGGGGGGCGCCAAGGCCGCGCCCAGGGUUCGAGUCCGGACCGGGACAUGGACCGCCGGGGCUGGGGGGCCCGAGGGGGUUCCGGAGCAGCGCGGGGCCGGGAGGGGGAGGGGGAUGCAGAGCGGGACCGCGGUCGCCAUCAAGGACGGGAGCGGGAGCGAGAGAGGGAGCGAGACAGGGAGCGAGACAGGGAGCGAGAGAGGGAGCGAGAACGAGAACGGGAAAGGGAAAGGGACCGGCAGCAGCAGCAGCAGCGCCGUAGGGAGAGUUCCCCUCAAAAGUCAAGGUCGACGCUUCAGCAGCAGCCGCAGCAGCUGCAGCUGCCUGACGCCAAGGGCGGAAGGAGUGAUAGUCGAGGCGGUGGGCGGGUGGUGGACCGCAGUCGCCCUGCGGAACCUGACGAGUCGGCGGCCGCCCAGCUGCCAUUGUCGUCGUCGCCGUCGCGGCUGCAGCGGCACGGAUAUGCGGUCCCUGAGCCGCUUCUGGAAGCUGGUGGUGGUGCUGGUGCUGGUGGUGCUGCUCCACCGCCCCGCGAGACCAGGGUGUCGCAGCUGACAAUUCCAGGGCCGCUGCCGGCGGCUGCCGAUACAGCUGUGCUUCCGGCUUCAUUGCCGCGGCGUCAUCCAAAUGACGCGGCGGCGGCGGCGGCGGCGGGGACGCUGUCGGUGGACGAGCCGGGGCGCGGAGUGACGUCGCCGAUGGCGGGCCCGGAGAACGUGAAGCCUGAGCUGCUGCUGCCGGCAUCGGCGGCCGACAAGGCAACGAAUGCCGUACGAGGGCAGUGUGGCGGCGGAGUGGCGGAGCGGGAAGCGCGGCUGUGGUUGGAAAAGGGCACUGGAGGACGGGGAGCCGCCAAUCGCCCGGAGGCAGCGCGCAAGGCUGGAGGUGUGGUAGUGGAGGUAGCGGAGGCUGCACUGGCGGCGGACAGGAGGCGGACACGCGGGCGGCCCGUUCCGAUUACCUUUGACCUGGCUCCGCUGACCGUGAAGGAGCCAGCCGCCGCCGCCGCCGCCCCCCGAGCUGCCGGGACCUCAGCGGGUACAACAACGGCACUGGAAACAGCACCGAUGCUGUCGGCAUCAUUGAAAGCUCAGGAAGUGGCUGCGAAGGAACCGGGAUCGAAAGCUGCGGCGGUGCCGGCAUCAAAACGUGGGUCAAGUUCAGCGCCGAAAGCUGCAGCUAAAGUGGCGCUGUCGAAAGCUGCAACCAAGGCUGCGGCUGCGGCGGCGGUGGCGGCCCCGCAGCUGGCUUUGAUGGCCAUAGCGACGUCGCCCCCCACCGCCAGUGACGGCCCCCUGGAGCAGCCGCCAGAUCGGGCUCCCGUUGCGGCGACUCACGGGGCCGGCGGUUCCGCGCUGGAGGCGGCUCCUCCCCCUCCUCAGGGGGGCUCUUUCAACCCAUCCUGGAUGGCCAGCAGCGCCAACACGCUACCGGCGGACCCGUGGGUCGGUAUGGCGGCCCCGGCCGGCUUCGUUGGUUCUUUCGGUUUGGCGGGAUCAUGCCACGCGUUCCUCCCGCCGGCUUUCUUUCCGCCGUUCGGUGGCCUUGUCGGAGGCUUGGGUGGCGGCGUGGGGUUCUUCGACCCUAUGCUGAUGGCGGGGGCGCUGUGGCCUUCGCAGCUACAGCAGCUGCAGCAGCAGCAGGGGACCUGGACGUCAGCUGCGCCCGGCGCUGGCGGCACUGUUGCCGGCGCCGCCGGCGUCGGAGGCGGCGCCGGCGGGGCCGGUGGCGGCAGCGUCGACCAAGACCUCCCGCAGUCCGCUGCAGGUGCCCCCGCCAGCCGCGUCCAUGCCGCUGAUCCGAGGGAGGGUCCGGACGGAGGUGCCGAGGCCCCCGCGAAGGUGUCUCCCGCCGGCAGGAAGCGGCAGCGGCUGGGUAGCCUGGUGGUAGCGGCGGCCGGGGGUGGGGCGGGGCGGCAAGACCGCCGCACCGCCGACAGCCGUCAGCCGAACCCAAUGCUUCCGUCAAAGAAAGCGCUUCGCGAAACGUCGUCAGCGGCGGCAUCCGCUGCGGGAGCUUGCAGCAGCGGAGGCGGGUUGAAUGCUUCAGCCGCGGACGGCGGUGUUGGGAAGGGCUCAGGUUCUAGUGGCGGCGGCGGCAGCGGCGGCGGCGAAGCCGCUUCGUGGCGCCGCGAAAGCGGGAACGGGCCCGGGGGCGGGGCGGCGGUGGUUGCGAUGACGCUGCGUGCGGUGGUGGAUGCCGUACCAGGGAAGGUGGCAUCAAGGCAGGGCAGGGCAGGGCAGGUGUACGGUAUUGCGGUGCUGUUGGCGGUGGUGGUUAGGAAACGGCGGUUGGUGAUGGAGGCGCUUGUGAUGACGGCGCAGCUCAAACCCGUGUACGUUUUAUCAAGCUUUAUGUGGGUGCUUGUAAAAUUGUAA